AUGUCGCCUGAAUCCACCACCGACACCGUCAAGCAAGCUCAAGCUCAAAUCUCCUUUGGUUUGGAUCCUCUCAAUUUCCCGCAGCAUCCAGACGAUCCAAAAGCAUCACAUUAAUAUGAGACACUGACUGAGUGAGUGAGAAAGGAUAGUACUCAGAGCAGAGGCCAUCAUGGAUUCCGGCGGCACCACCACUCGCCGGAGCAGCAACCCCGCCCGCCUCGAUCCCACCGCUCCGCUACUCCUCGACAUGCCGACUACGCCGCCCGCAAAGCAGCCCAUCUCCUCCUCCUCUGCCUCCUCCUUUUCCUCCCUUCUAUUUCUCCCUUUCUUUUCCCCCUCUUCUUCUUCUUCUUCUUCUUCUUCUUCCACCGUCUUCACCGCCUUCAUUAUUGGCGCUUGGUACUUCUCCAACAUCGGCGUCCUCCUCCUCAACAAGUACCUGCUUACCGUCUACGGCUUCCGCUUCCCCAUCUUCCUGACCGCGCUCCACAUGGCUGCGUGCUCCGCCUACGGCCUCGCCGCCGUGCGCGGCCUCCGCCUCGUCGCCUACCAGCCGCUCGCCUCCCGCGCCCACCUCCUCAAGGUCGCCGCCCUCGCCUCCAUCUUCUCGCUCUCCGUCGUCUCCGGCAACGCCUCCCUCCGCUUUCUUCCCGUGUCGUUCAACCAGGCCGUCGGCGCCACCACCCCCUUCUUCACCGCCCUCUUCGCCCUCGCCCUCACGCGCCUCCGCGAGCCGGCCGCGGUCUACGCCGCCCUCCUCCCCGUCGUCCUCGGCAUCGUCCUCGCCGCCAACAGCGAGCCGCUCUUCCACCCCCUCGGCUUCCUCCUCUGCCUCGCGUCCACCGCCGGCCGCGCCCUCAAGUCCGUCGUCCAGGGAAUCCUCCUCUCCUCCUCCGACGUCGAACCCGCCGACAAGCUCAACUCCAUGAAUCUCCUAAUGCACAUGGCCCCCAUCGCCGCCGCCAUCCUCUUCCCCCUCGCGCUCUGCUACGAGCCCGGCGUCCUCGCCGCCGCAGCCGGCAAGAUCCGCGCCGACCCCUCCCUCGCCCUCCUCCUCUUUGCCAACGCCACCGUCGCCUACCUCGUCAACCUCACCAACUUCCUCGUCACCAAACACACCAGCGCACUCACUCUCCAAGUGCUAGGCAACGCCAAGUCCGCCGUCGCCGCCCUUGUCUCCGUCCUCGUCUUCCGCAACCCCGUCACCGUCAUGGGCGUGCUCGGCUUCGGCAUUACCAUAGCCGGCGUCGCCCUCUACAGCGAGGCCAAAAAGAGGUCCAAACCAUCAUCGUAAUCGAAUCAAUUCCGAAGAAAAAACAGAGACAAAAAAAUUUGCAAAAUUUCCAUUAAUCGAUUGGCGGUGUCGUCAUUUCCAUGAUAACUUUGAUCUCUGUCUCUUAAAGCGUAAGGGAUAAGGACGGAGAAUCUAUUCCAGGAAACACUUCCUUUGAUCACAAGAUUGGAAUUUCUAUUUUCUAUUUCUUUUUCAUUUUCCUUUUGGCAAUUGUUACAAUAAAAAUUGUUCUUCGGCCAAUAAAUUAUUUCUACUCUGUUCUUAGUUCCCUUUUAGUAGGAGCCAAUGAGUGGCAAGAAAAAGCAUUUUAUUUUUAUUUUUUAUUUUGCAAUUUUGGAUCGUCAAGUCUUUUAGUGCCAUACAACCUCCAAAGGCACUUAGUCUAAAAAUAUGCUUCAAUCAUUGAGAAGUUUACAGUGAUUAUCUAUCACAACGCAAAAUCAUCUUGAAAAUUAUCCCACCAAGAAAUCAUACCAAAGAGAUAUACUCAAUUCUAUUAUGUCUAAUAAAUUGCAAUGAUUGCCUUUGCCUCUAUUAUUAUCUAAUAAUUUUCUCUCGAAUCUAACUGUUCAUUUUAUCAAAGACCUUAUGCAGUGAAAUCGUAGAACUCGUCCGGGUUCUCAGUUAUUGAUGAUGAAGUUUUUGAUCCAAUUGGUUUGGUUGUCCUCAAUAUCAAGCAGUCAACUCAGUAUGGUCAGGCCAUGUAGCGUUUAAGCAUUUGUCUGACCUGUGCAUUGAGUGAUGAAUUGAACUGAACUAUGGUGAUUAGUGAUCCGUCACUUCGCCAUUAAUGCUUGAUCAAUGGGGCACAGCUUUAGCUUGUGGCCUCUUUCAACUAAGAAGAAUUCACCAGGAGAUGAGUAAGGUAUCAUGUGGAAUGUUCGCUCAUCUGAUUUUUAGAAUUGAAUAAUGGAAGAUGAGAGUUGAGAAUGGGCCCUCAAAAUUCAAUAUCUUUUUUCUCGUGCUUUAAAGUUUAAUUAACGCCAACAAAAAGUUGUAUUGUUUAAACAUAGACGGUAUUGUAGUCAAUAUAUUGUCAGAGAAAAAUUCUCAAUUUACUCCUAUAACUGAAUGUGAUUGUCGUACAAAAAAAAAACUUAAAAAAAAGAGGAAUCAAACAUAUUCAUCAAACAUUAACAUCAAAUACAAACAGUAGUAAUUUAAAUUCAGCAUUCAAUCUGAUAUUAGGGUUUCUACUAGUUUAUACAACAAUAUCAUCGUUAAAGCAAUACAUGCAUAGAAAUCCUACGAGGGAAGAUCAUAGUGCCGAAACAGUGCUCAUUUUAGAGGAAUUCGUGUAUUUAUUCAUACGACUAAACUGUUGGUUCAUUCAUGGCACCUUUGGUUUUGAAAGAGACCGAGACCAAUCACGGCUGCGACUGCCACUGCAUCCUUCCAGUCUCUUGUGGUUUCUCCGGGGGAAGAAGAAGGGCCUUUCCUCUUGCUGUUUGAGCUCUGCUGCUGUUAGUUACUACAUGAUUAAAGACCAAAAGGUGGAAAUUAGGGUUAUAUGACAACACAAAUGAUCGUAUCAUGGCCAUACAGAAAAAAUUCAUUUGGUUCUUUGUUGGUUUGU